AAUUGAUUGGUAUAAGUCACAUAUGCCGAGUGUACGUCUCCCGGGCUGGGAAUUUUUUCCUUGUUCUUUUACCCGGCAUACGUAAAUUUGUGGUGUGGAAAUGUUUUUUUUUAAAGAAACUUUUAUGUUUCCCCUAUUAUGUAUUCAAAAAAUUAUAAAAGCAAUUAAUUUUGCAUAAACAUGACUUUUCAACAGCAUGUUUACGGUGGUCAGUGAUGCAGGCACUUGAAAAAUGUGUUCGAAACCUGUGUAAUAUCAAAAUCUUACUAUUCGAUGUGUCAUUUUCAUUAAUAUGUAGUUCUCUUAGAAGCAGUUGAGAAACUGUCGUAACAAUGUCCCAAGACGUUUUGUUGGAUCUAAGCUUCCUAACCGAAAAUGAGAGAGAUUUGAUCAACAGCGUACUUAACAAAGACGCUGUAUUACGACAGUCCGAACAGCAACGCGUUGGUUCUUUGAGGAAAGACUUGAACGAUUUGAAGGAGAAUGGUUUGCCCGAAGAAGAAAUUCAAACACGAAAUGAAAAGUACUGCGCCAGGUGUCAGACGUACUUCGGGAUAAUUUUCAAUCGCGGAGCUUAUUGUCCUAGAUGUCAACUAAAAAUUUGCAACUCUUGCCGUGUACCAAAUGCCGAAGAUGGGUGGAUAUGCACUUUAUGUCACAGAGUCAGAGAAGUGAAGGCACAGUCUGGUGCUUGGUUUUUCCAAGGUCAUAAACAGAAAAAGGGCAGUCUAUUUGGGAGUACGUUGGUCCGUCAGUCUUUACGACGUUACCCUAACAACGAGACCCAACCUUACAAAGGAAAUUCAUACAUCAAAGAUGAUGACAAUAGACAUAAAUUUCAAAACAAAACAAUCAUUGAUAUGGAUGAAUCAGAGGAUGAAAGUGAAUUCGACAGUGAAGACGAAAGUGUGGAUCAAAGCGCAGUGUCUGACGAAACAAAUUCAAAAGGUGGGUCGGACACUAGUGAGAGUUUGGAUUCUGAUCAUGAUGAAAUAUUUGUCUCGUAUACCGAGUACUCCACUCCCUUGCCCGAGAUGAGGAUAGGACAGAAAAAAGAUGCCAAUGAAGAUAAGAAGAACAAAGAAACGGCCGAUGACAUGGCAGCCCAGGUGGAUCUUGAAUUCAGUGAAGACUGGGAGAAUAGAGAGCUAGCCGACUACAUGCCCGUCCAAGUAGAUUUUGAACCCAAUGAAGAUAUGCAAUAUAAAGAACCAGCUGACAACAUAGCAACCGUUGUGUAUCAUGAACCUAUUAAAGUUUGGAAGAAAAAAGAACCAAAUGACGACAUGGCAACCCAAGUGAGUUAUGAAUCCAGUGAAAGUGGGGAAAAUAAAGAAGCCCUGAUAGAUCAUGAACCCAGUGAAGAUAGGGAGAAUAGUGAGCUAGCCGACUACAUGCCAGUCCAAGUAGAUUAUGAGCCCAAUGAAGACAGUGAGAAUAGAGAGCUAGCCGACUACAUGCCUGUCCAGGUGUAUUAUGAAUCCAACGAAGAUGUACAAUAUAAAGAACCAGCUGAAAACAUUUCAACCGUUGUGUAUCAUGAACCUAGUAAAGUUUGGAAGAAAAAAGAACUAACUGACGAUAUGGCAACCCUGUUGGGAUAUGAAUCCAGUGAAACCGUGGUGCAUUUGAGUCAGUUGAAAACAGAUGACAAGCUCAUGGAAAAUUCUAGGGUACAUUUGGGAAAAAGUAUUCCAGUAUCAGUGAGAGAGAAUACUUCGGAGGAGACCAUGUUGAACGACCAUGAGAAUAUUGAAGAUUUCACCACGAAUAAUGCCCAUUUUAUGAUCUCAAGAAAUGUCCACUCAGAGCCCGAAGAUUCUUCUGAGUUGGAAAUGAAUACUCCUGAUCGAUUACAAGACGUUAGCAAAGAAGGGCUGGCGAUCGAUGUCGAUCAACGAAGUUUGGAUCUCGGAAAUCAAAAAUAUUCAGAGUUUGAUAAGGAAGCUGACGAGGUCAUUGUGAACGAUCCAAAUGAGAGCGAAAACGCAGAGAAAGGUGAAGAUUCAUGCGAGAUGAGAAUAAUGGCUUUAGAGAAAUUCUCAGAAUCAUUUGCUGUUGUUAAUCAUAAUACAGGGAAAGAGAACACUCAGUUUGAUGGUUCAGACGAUGAGAGAUCAGCCGAUCGUUUGCAAUAUAAAGGAGUUGCCCAUACCGACAUGGAUUCGAAAACACUCAACGAUUCGGGAUACGUGGGUUCAAAUGUAAACUUUAACGUUAAACAAACACCUUCAAUUUCAGGCGUGGAAGCAUCAUCUUCACCUCACCAAGAUAGAACAAUAAAGUUUUCGGAAAAAGCGCCUAUCAUUAUUACAAGCAAACCUCCCGAGGAGAAAUUAGAUCAUGCUCAUGCAUCAAUCGAUGAUUAUGAGGAAGACAUGGAUGUUUCGUUUAAGAGAUAUGGAAUAGGUCUUGGAAAUAGACCGCUGAAGGAUCAGUUGAGUCUAGGGAGUCGUGAAAGUAUUAUGAGUUACUACAGCAACGCCGGGGGUGAGGUGUAUGGAAAAUAUCCAGUGAGUGGCGAGAUCCUGUUUGGCAUGAAAUACGAUCAUCAGGGUCAAGAAUUUCAGAUUCAGGUCCAUCAAGCGCGUGAUAUAGCGGCCGUUGAUAAGAAGCAUAAUAUAUCAGAUCCCUACGUUAAGACUUACUUGUUACCCGACCGCAGUCGCGACGGAAAGAGAAAAUCAAAGAUCAUAAAGAAGACCAUCAACCCUAUCUUUGACGAAAUACUCACGUACCGGAUUAGAUAUGACGAACUCCUGCAAAGGACGUUGUGGCUAGCUGUCUGGAACAACGAUAGAUUUGGUCACAACGAUUUCCUUGGCGAAGUUGUUCUUUCCAUUGAUGAAUAUCAGAGUUCUGGAUUCAAUCUUGAAGAUCCAGAUCCUAUGUGGCGAAGUCUUUGCGAGCGGCAGUCGGAAGAUGUUCAAUUCUCCUUCAACGGAGAGAUCGUCGUUGCCCUGAAGUAUGUACCACCAUCAGCCGUAGUCGACAACUCGAAGAAGAAGAAGAAAAAGAAGAAGAAAGAGGAAAAGGGAGAACUUCAUGUAAAGAUUAUCGAAGCAAGGGAUCUGAUUGCGAAGGAUUCCAAUGGGUUUUCAGAUCCGUUUUGCAAAAGUUACUUGCUACCAGACAAAAGUAAGAAAACUAAACAAAAAACGAGCGUUGUGAAGAAAAGUCUGAAUCCAAAAUGGAACUACCAUUUCAUUUAUGACAACCUCACUCACGAAGAGCUGAUGGACAGGGUCCUAGAACUGACCGUGUGGGAUUUUGAUCGUGGAUCCAGUAAUGAGUUUCUUGGUGGAGUGCGUUUAGGUUUGGGAGCUGGGAUCCAGGAAUGGGAUGAUGCAUCAUCGGAGGAGCAGGCGGCGUGGAAUAAAAUGUUGAAUAAUCAAAACGAAUGGAAUGAAAUUUCUUUGACCUUACGUGAUCACAUGGGCAAAAAUAAUUCCAAUGUGAUUUCCUUUGAUACCGAACUUGACGAAAACAUCGUGGAAGCGAAGCAAAAUGGUCAUUCAGCGGAGUCACGUGAAGUGGAGUCACAUGACGAUCAUUUGGUACGUCAUGAUGAAUACUACAGCCCAAGAGAAUCGAAAAUUGACGCUGCAAUGAGGUUGAAUCAAGAAAAAUUUACCAAAUCUUUGCCUGGUCAAACGCAGCCAUCAAAGGAAAAUAAGAUGACCCUAGCUGAACUGGCAGCUCAAACUUCCAAAAACAGGGGAACAUCUUCGCCAUCCCGUAGCCCCGUUUUAUCCGCUCGUAAAAUCCAAUGUCCUAAAUACUUGCGUCCAUUAUCCGCUUCUUUUACCUCCGUUUCCACUCCAGAUAUCAGUUUGCACGGGGAGAUCAGUUCUGGAAAUGGAUCCACGGGAGAGCAACAGCACAUUGACGUUACGGACGAAUCCCAGACUUCCAUUCGGCGUUUUUCGGACGCGAGCGUACUAUCGUCACGUGAUUCACGAUUGCGUGUGGGUUCAAAUGCAUCAGAUUUUCUUCGAAGGCGCAGUUUGGAAACCAACAGUUUGCGUAGUGGUAGUACGUUGAGUGUCGACGAGUCUUGGAAGGGGAGUCAAACGAGCGUCUAUAGCAUGGACGAUGUCAGUGGCAGCCACGCCGUAAGCGGUGACAUCAUGCUAAGUUAUAUGUAUUACAAAGGAAAUUUUAAAGUCAAAAUAUUCGAAGCGCGAGGAUUGCUUGCCAUGGAUGAAUCGAAGAAUACAAGCAACCCGUAUGUCAAAGUUUUUCUAUUGCCAGAUAAAAGUCGACAGGGUAAACGAAAAACGAAGACAAAGCAUGAAACACUGCAUCCAGAAUUCAACGAAGAAUUAUUGUUUGAGAUCGGAACGAUAGAGUUGUUACGACGCACACUUUGGGUAACCGUGUGGCAUUAUGAUCGCUUUGGAAGAAAUGGUUUUCUUGGAGAAGUAAGGCUACCUCUAUCGGACUUUCCUGGCAGCGAAGUUAAGUCUCAUUGGUAUCCAUUAUUGCAAGCGGGACCUAAGGAAGAUGGUGAAAGCACUUUAACAGGACAGUUGGUCGUUGCCCUUAUGUUCACAAAGGAAGAGAAAAAACGAAAAAAGAGUAAUGAAAACGGCAAACUUCACGUUAAAGUUGUCGAAGCCAGAAAUCUUCCUGGAAAGAACGCAGAUGGAUUUUCAGAUCCGUUUUGCAAAUGUUGCCUUCUGCCGGAUCCUUCCAAGACAAGCAAACGGAAAACGCCAGUUAAGAAACGCAACUUAAAUCCAACAUGGAAUCAUAAAUUCUCUUAUGACAAUCUAACAAUUGAAGAUCUGAAACAUAAAGUGUUGGAGCUGACAGUAUGGGACAACCACUUGUUGUCCAAUGUCUUUUUGGGCUGUGUACGUAUAGGCAUGGGGACUGGUAACGAGUCCUGGGAUGAUUGUCGUGAUGAAGAGGUGAAAUUAUGGGAAUUCGUGCUUUCUAAACCAAACACAUGGGCUGAAAGUACUUUACCACUUCGUUCUAAUAUUGUCUGAAAAAAGUCUUGAAUUCACGGACUUUUUUACUUCCAUAAUGAAAUACGUGGUUUUCUCGCUGUUUUAACGUGCAGAGAGAAAUUGUUUAGGUGUCCUUUCGAUUGGAAGAAUAACAAUGUACAUUUUCCGGAGUCAUUUUGAUGUCAAAAAGCGUCUUUUUCAUUUUGGAAAUAAUGAUGAAGAAUUCAUGAAGAGUGUUUCUUUCUUGGACGAAAGAAACGGGAAGAGUAGAGAGUAUUUGACUUGUGUUGAUGUCUUUGGUGAGAAAAAAUAAAAAUUAAACGAUGAAACUUCAUUAAUGUUAGUUGCUCUAAUAAAAAGAUAGCUCAGACCAGUGUCAAUUCUCUGGUCGCAUUAAUACAUAUAAUUUCUAACGAAGUAA